AUGCUGAUGAUUUCAAAUUGUUCAAGGGAUCUUUUGCAGAGACACUUUUCUAAUUAUCAUGAUCCAAGCGCUUCAGAGGCACCGGUUGCGGGCGCCGGCCCAAGCGUUGCCGGAAAGACGCCAAUUGCCUGUUUAAAUUGUUCCCAAGCCAAGACUGGCUGCAAUAAAGAAGUUCCGUGCCAAAGAUGCCAAGAUAAAGGCCUCCAUUGCGUCCAAAGAUAUGCCAGGCGUACUUCGAAACUCGCCGCGCGAAGCCAAGCAGCGGCGACGGCAGCAGCAGCACAAGCAUCUCGUGUGGCGCAGGUAACACCAGUCACAGUUCAGCAAUCACUUCCAAACGUCUCAGUAUCCAUUGAACCUUCGCAAACGCUCUCGCAGAUCCAGCCACCGCUGGUUCAUGAGGGCGGCGCGAGUGUGACCAUGGACCCAGCUAUUUUGGAGAUGCCGCUCAUGAAUUCUUUCAUGAAGCAACAGGACCCGGAGGUUCACGACGGUUCCUCUCCAGCAAACAGCAUAACAUUCCCAUUGCCAAUACACUUGAAAGCAGAGAGCCCGAGACAACGGACGGCCUCUGUCGACCUGAACUUCAACAACAUGAACAGCGAACCAUCGCCACCCUCAAUCGAGCCCAUGGAAGACCAGAGCUGGGUGAAUUCAUUGAUGUCAAAUGACCCCAACUUUGGUCCUGGUAACAUGUUCUCCUCAACUUAUGAUCUGGGUUAUCAGCUAGGCCCUUCAUAUGCUGACCCAACAACGGACUUUUCUCAAAUGUCACAAUCAAUGCUACAACAUGAUGCCUCGAUGAGCAGCAUGGAAUUCGCAGGAUCACCGAGUGGUGUAUCGCCCUUCGGAGAUCUCUCCACGUCCAACUCGGAACCUUCUAGCUCGUCCUGGGGCUCCAGCCACACCAGAGCAACAAGUAUAUGCUCCGCGCAUUGUCUAUAUGAUCAAAGUGGUGAAUUUGAUGUCACCUCAAAUUCUGCCAAACAAGGACUACCAAUAUCAACUGAUAGUGAUGUGAUCUUGACCGAGGCAGCCUGGCCGAUGGCACGAUGCACGCCACCAAUUUAUUCAGGCGCAUGCCCGCGGACUGCACUUGGUCACUUACAACGCCUGGAGCAAAAGUCCUCAUAUCAAGGAGCAAGGCCUUUUGCUUGGCACACCCUGGAGCGCGAGUUGUCCAGCUUGAAUUGGGACAAUGCUGAUCUGGCUUCAGUCGUGCCGAUGAAUAGUCAGACACGGGAUUCGUUGAUGUCAAUCUCGCAGAGGUUCCAUGCAAGAGCCCUCGACAUUCACAGAGAAAACGACCCAGGUCGAGACAAGUCUCCACUUGGCAGCAACUGUGGUCCGAUGUCAUUCUUGAACCUCCCUUCGUCAAAGGUCCUGGAGUUCUUUAUGAAGAGCUAUGUCCGCAGUCUCACCUCUUUCUAUUCCCUCGUCUCAGAAGGCCGUAUCGACCCGAACCAAAUGCACCGAAAUGACCCGGCCUCCAUAAUACUCAUGUUAUUGAUGAUAGCGCAAGGAGCCUCGGCAGUGGACUCAGAAGACGCCCGCAUCCUGUCAAUGGGCCUCAUCGAGACUUGCAGGAUAUCACUGUUGGAUAUUAUCGACAAGAAUGUUGAGAUGUCUGCGGAUCCAACCGCGCUUCGCGCUGCUCUUCUCUUCGCUCACCUCGGCGCUUGGAGUGGAGACAAGUGGCUGAUGGAUAUUGCCAUGGGACAACGGGGCAUGUACAUUUCAAUGCUGAAACACGCUGGCAUGUUGACGGCACAGCCACCCAUUUGUCCAGUGUUGGACGGCGACCAGGGACAGAAGAAUAGCUGGAGACUUUGGCUCCAGGUUGAGACCAAGAAUAGGCUGGUCUAUGACUGGGUCAUGGUUGACCAAGAACUGAGUCUUUUCCAUGAUACCGACCCGCAGCUCGACGUCAGUGAGCUCCGCGCGUCCCUCCCAUGCUCUGAAAAACUUUGGAAAUCGUCCACUGUUGAACAAUGGGCUGACGCCGUGCAAUGCUACUUGAGCAAGGGGAAUCCCCAUCCCCUGACACCUCCAUCCCUUUACCACCUCUAUCGAGAAUUCCUCGAGCAGAAACUCGUGGAUGGGCGAGUGGGUUUGACUGCGCAUCAACUCCGCCUCUUGUUGCACCCGAUUCAGAAGAUGCUUUGUCAGCAAAGGCAGACACUUACAUGCUUCUCCGACAUGUUCGUUCCUGACCAACCAGGUCAUGUGUCCUUCUCGAAAGCGUACGUGAUGCGACAAGUUGAAGUGGUUCGAUCACUCUUGUCGAGGUGGCAUGAUCUGGCAAUGAGAUGCUUGAACAUGAAUCCAGACUGUACUAUCAUGCGGACAAACAUGGUGCUGUAUCACUUGAUAUCACUCAACGCCGUCACCAAUUUCCCAGAGAUUGAGAGUUUCGCUCGACAAGAAAGAUAUGAUGGCUCAUACUGGGGUUCGCGCCACCAGCGUUGCAUCUAUAACCGCCAACAGGCCGUUCACGACUGCGGACAGGUCUUUUCCAUACUCCGAAAUUUGCCAACGGAUCGAUUGCCCACGUGGUGGAGUGCGGCCAUCUAUCGGGCUACCAUGAUACUCUGGGCAGACAGUGCCUUGCAAUCACAGUCACAAGCCCACGCGAGCCUCUCCCCGCCAGAAGCGACCGAGGGCCAGUACGCUAUGAACGCACCUCAGGAUUUUAAUCACACAUUGGAUUACAAUGUUAUCCCGUACGUGACUCGGUCUGACGGGACACCUUUCCAUCUCGAUCGACACUCUGAAGUUCUUGAUUAUGCAAUCUGUGCCAUCGAUCAAGGGGCUUCAUCUAGGCUGGGCGAGGGGAUAAAGCGCAAGCUCAUUGCUCUAGGCAAUAACUGGCACUAA